AUCAAACUCAAAACAUGUCACGUUCAUUAGCUUUUCGGUAAUUUCACAACUACAGCUGAUAAGUAUAAAACCCUUUUGAUAAUACAUUGAACAUCAGCCCAAUAACGCCAUAUAGCAAUGUCGUCUCGAGUUUUAAGAAAAUUACAGGGUGACAAGGAGAAAGAGUUCCCUGAUGAAGUGUCUGACAUCGAAACGGACACCCCAAUGAGUGGAGGUGCCAGAAGAAAGCAGCUGAAUAUCAACCGCUAUGAUCUGUUGAACCAACAGUCACACUCAGAAAGUGAGGUGAAAGAAGAUGAUAAUGAAACUGAAGCAGCAAAGUCUUGUGGAGGAGAGACUCAUGAAAUCAAGAGGAAAAAGAAAAAAAAGAAAAAAAAGUCAGGAAAGCAUACCAAUACCCAAAGGAGCAGUGAAGACAAUGCUGAGAUAGAUGAAGUUGAAAGAUCAGUUCGUGAGGUUAACAGACUUCUUGGUGAAACUUACACACCAGAAGCUACAGCAACUACAAGUGUUAAACAGGACAAGUCAACCAUUAGAAAGAAUUCUUUAUCAGUGCAGCACAAACAUCUGAAUCCUAACAAUGAAUUGAAGAGGAUAUUUGGAUCAAAAAUAAUACAAAGUGAACAUAAACGCAAAAACAGAGGUGGUGGUAGAGGCCAUGUCAAAACAACAACAAUGGUAAAUUGCAAAGAAAACUACCCAAAUCCUAGCAAAUCUGGACUCUCCAUGAACUACAUUGAAAACAAAAAUGGCCUCUUGUAUUUUUCAUAUGAGCACAGCCAGAGUUACAGGCAGGUACAGAAUAGGUUUCUGGAUGCAGUAGAAAGCCUGAAUCCUGAUAACAUUGUCUCAAUAAUCAAUGAUAAUCAGUACCACAUUGAUUCAUUGAUACAGCUCUCAGAUAUGUGCAAGCUUAGUGAGGAUUUGGCAAUGGCUGCUGAAUUAAUUGAGAGAGCUCUGUACUGCCUGGAAUAUGUAUAUCAUCCUUUGUUCAAUGUUGCACAAGGAAAUUGUAGGCUGGAUUAUAGGAGGCAGGAAAACAGAGCCCUCUACAUAACCAUGUUCAAGCACCUGAUGUUCGUCGGCGGCAAGGCCUGCUACCGCACCUCCCUCGAGUUCUGCAAGCUGCUCCUCUCUCUGGACCCCGAAGGCGACCCGCUGGCCGUCGUGCUAGCUGCCGACUUUUACGCGAUCCGAGCGCGCGAACACCAUUGGCUGAUCGAUUUCGUCGGCGAAUGGGAGAACGCGCGCAACCUGAUGCAGCUGCCCAACAUCGCGUACUCCUUGGCCGUCGCCUACUUUUAUGUGGGGGACAGCGGCACGGCCGACGCGCUGCUGCAGGACGCCCUCUUGACGUUUCCCGGCGUGCUGCUGAAGCUGUUGGACAAGUGCGCCGUGCAAAUCGACGCGAGGGUGGCGGGCCAUUGGUAUUUCCUCGGGGCCGAUGACAUUAAGAAGCAACCCCCAGCUCUCAAUCAGCUGAUCCUUCUCUACAUCAACAGAAGUUAUCACAUAUGGAAGGACAGUGACCUAUUGCCCUGGCUAGAGAAAAAUGUACACGAAAUUUUGGAUAGGGUGGAAAAAAAUGACCCUAUAGUUAAAGAAAUUGAAGCAAAAAGAAUAAAAAGGUAUUUGGGAUCCUUACCGCAAAAUAUUUCCAGACAUAUUUUGCUGUCUGACAUCAAAGGUGUAUCUCCUGUGACAGAUGAAAGCAAUGGACCAGUCAUGAGUUUUGAUCCACUACCACCAAAGGACUCUAUAAACAUAUACACUAGGGCGAAAAGACCAUUACUAUCAAAUAAUAGCAACGCUAACCCGCUAGGAAUGUUCUUCAGGUCGUUGCUGCCUACUUUUAACCCAAAUUUAUUAGAGCCUAAUCGAGGUGGCGAAGAAGAUGGAGCGCGAGCACUACCGGAAAUGAACGAUGGCGGUGGCGAUCUUCGAAGUAGCGUCGCUUCUCUAGUGGACGCUAUGAGAGACCUCCUCAACAACAUUCGACCCGAAGUACCCAAUGAUGCUGACGGGGAAGAAAAUGAUGAUUCAGCAGACGACGAUCUGACUUGAAUCUUUAUUGUUGAAGUCUUCUUAUUGGCGCAUCAUAUUUUCUUGCUUACUUCCUUAUUGUUGAUUCGUUUUCAUCGUGUCAUUGCAAUUUGCAAAGGAGAAAUGAAAAAGAUUUCAUUUCAUUAAAUAUAAGAGGCAUUUCAAAAGAAUUGAUAGAAGAAUACUCUUUAUUCAAUUUUUCUUUUUUCUUUCAAACGUGACAUCAGUUCUAAAACGAAAAAAUAACUGUUUUUUGAAAAUAAGUAACAAUAAAUUAUUCAUCA